CCGCACCUUUCAUCCGAAACCAGCCUGACCCGAUAGAUCUUCUUCUCCGGCAGUCGUCGUAAUCGAAUUUCAUAAUAGUUGCUGUUUUAGGGCUGGGUAAUCGCGAGGAGGCAGGAGUGCUAGAAUGGCUAAUUUGGAGUCUAAGUUUAGAAAAUUGAGAUGUUCUCAUUGUGCCGGUCCUCUUUCGAAGGAAAUGGAAAUCAGCAGCUGGACUGUUCCUCCACUUAUUAGGGAUAGUUUCACAGUGAUAGGCUCUGCUGUUGGUGGUAUUACCAGUGCGUUUUAUUCAUUCAAUCAUGUGAUGCCUAUUGUUCAGAGACAUGUGAAAGGACCUAUAUGGCUGCAGUUUUUUAUUGGUGUUCCUCCUGUGAUAGUGUUCUCCUCAACUUGUGCUGGAUUGGCAGGUGGUGCUGUUCCUGCAUUAACACAACUUGCUUCAUCAUCCUAUCAUGCAUCAAUUUCUUCUUCUUCUUCUCCUUCCCAAUGAGAAGAUGCAGAUGUCUCAUCUAAAUUUUCAUUGAAUUUUGUAAUGUUUAUAAUACAAUCCACUACUAACAACAAACUCAGCUUUCUAUAUAAUGGAAAUGAAGCUUUAAGAGAAAGCUGAGUAAAUAAAUAAAUAAAUAAAUAAAUAAAUAAAAAAGAAAAACAGAGCACGCAACAAUUUAAUUAAGAUAAAAGAAAAUAGGAUGGUGUUGUUGUCAUGAGUUGCGCC